UGCUGAGAACCCACCAAGCACCGCGCGCCGGCCCGAGGCUUUCUCGCACGUCGUGGCCUGGGGUUCAGCGGCGUGGCCCCACGCGUUGCCGCCUCGCCCACCUCUUCCUCUCCCCCGCACUCUGCUGUCGUGACCCCCUCUGUCACCUCAGAAAUGCAAGAUUGCACUUCGAGAGCCAGGAGGGACCUGCUGGGGAAGUGUUGGGAAACGAAGGAGGGAGUGAAGAGAAAGGGAGAAAUAAAAGAGACGGGGGAGGUGAGAAGAGGGGGCGAGGGAAACAGAAAAAGAUAGAUGCAGAGUGAGAUGCUGGAGGGAGCUGCAGGAAAGGAAUGGACUCAACUCCCCCUCCCGCACACGCUCACCCACCCGACCCGUACCUGGUGCAGGCCGUGAGAGCAGCGGGCAAGUGCGAUGCGGUCUUUAAGGGCUUUUCGGACUGUUUGCUUAAGCUGGGCGACAGCAUGGCCAACUACCCGCAGGGCCUGGACGACAAGACGAACAUCAAGACCGUGUGCACAUACUGGGAGGAUUUCCACAGCUGCACGGUCACAGCCCUUACGGAUUGCCAGGAAGGGGCGAAAGAUAUGUGGGAUAAACUGAGAAAAGAAUCCAAAAACCUCAACAUUCAAGGCAGCUUAUUCGAACUCUGCGGCAGCGGCAACGGGGCGGCGGGGUCUCUGCUCCCGGCGCUCCCAGUGCUUCUGGUGUCUCUCUCGGCAGCUUUAGCGACCUGGCUUUCCUUCUGAGCGCGGGGCCGGCUCCCCCCCGCGCGCCCACCCACACUCACUCCAUGCUCCCGGAAAUCGAGAGGAAGAUCCAUUCGUUCUUUGGGGACGUUGUGAUUCUCUGUGCUGCUGAAAACACUCAUAUAGGAUUGUGGGAAAUUCCGAUUCUCCUUUUGAUUUCGUUCGAUUUCUUGUGUUUUAUUUGCCAAAUGUUACCAAUCAGUGAGCAAGCAAGCACAGCCAAAACCGGACCUCAGCUUUAGUCCGUCUUCACACAAAAACAAGGAAAACGGCAAACCCACUCCAUUUCUUUUUUAAUUUUUAUUUUUUUGGCACAAGAAUCUCAGGAACGGCCCUGGGCCACCUACUAUAUUAAUCAUGUUAAGACAUGACAAAUGAUGGGCUCCUCCUAAUAGCAAAGAGAGGAGAGGAGAAGGCCAGGGGAAUGAGAUCAAGAGAGAUGUCCACGAGGAAGGCAUAUGGUGAAUAGCUCACGCUCACGUCUUUCUUCCACAGUAUCUUGUUUUGAUCAUUUCCACUGCACAUUUCUCCUCGAGGAAAGUGAAAGGACAGAUCGUCGACUUUGUGUUUUAAGGACAGGAGGGAGAGAGGGAAAGGAUUGAGGAAAUCUCGGGGGUAUAGGGAAAGGCUGCCAGCAGAACCGUUGCGAAGGUCACUGAGAGGUUAAGCUUUACCUGGUGUUGUUGAUGCAUCUUUCCUAGUCCACUGCCUUUAUUUUCCCUCUCGUUUUAGCUGUUACACAUACGGUAAUACCUGAAUAUCCAACGGUAUAGAUCACAGGGGGGGGGGUGUUAAAUGUUAAUCUAAAAUAUAGUUAAAAAAAGAUUUUGACAUAAAAGAGCCUUGAUUUUAAAAAAAAGAGAGAGAUGUAAUUUAAAAAGUUUAUUAUAAAUUAAAUUCAGCAAAAAAAAAAAAGAUUUGCUACAAAGUAUAGAGAAGUAUAAAAUAAAAGUUAUUGUUUGAAA